CGCGGGGCGGGCUCGGGCCGGGCCGGUAACGGGCAGCGCUGGGGCCGGGCAUGUCGCGACAGGGGGACGUGUCGGGAGGAGCCCCCGCCUGGCCCGAAGCGUUCUGAGCACGUCCCGAGAUGGCGGAUGAGAACGAGGAGCUGCAGGAGAACGAGGAGCUGCAGGCGGACGAGGAGCUCCCGGCCCCAGCCGAGGACGGCUUCGAGCAGCUGGAGAACGACAGCCCCGCCGAGCGCAGCGGGCACGUGGCCGUCACCGACGGGCGCUGCAUGUACGUCUGGGGAGGAUACAAGAAUGCCCAAGUUCGGGGAUUUUAUGACUUCUACCUGCCUAGGGAUGAAAUAUGGAUCUACAACAUGGAAACUGGAAGAUGGAAGAAGAGCAAAACAGAGGGCGAUGUUCCCCCCUCCAUGUCUGGCAGCUGUGCCGUGUGUGUGGACAGGGUGGUGUAUCUCUUCGGAGGGCACCACGCACAGGGCAACACAAACAAGUUCUACAUGCUGAAUUCCAGAUCCACGGACAAGGUGCUGCAGUGGGUGCGAGUGGAGUGUGAGGGGGUGCCCCCCUCGUCCAAGGACAAGCUCGGGGUGUGGGUCUACAAGAACAAGCUGAUAUUUUUUGGAGGUUAUGGCUAUUUUCCCGAAGGGAAGCAACGGGGAACGUUUGAAUUCGAUGAAACUUCUUUUUGGAAUUCAGGUCUUCCUAGAGGGUGGAAUGACCACGUGCAUGUCCUGGACCUUGAAACCUUUACUUGGAGCCAGCCUAUAACCACGGGCAAAACCCCGUCCCCUCGAGCCGCUCACGCCUGCGCCACGGUCGGGAACAGAGGUUACGUGUUCGGAGGCAGAUACAGGGAGUCCAGAAUGAACGACUUUUACUACCUGGACCUGGACACCUGGGAGUGGAACGAAAUACUCACUCAAGGCAUGUGCCCGGUCGGCCGCUCGUGGCAUUCCUUAACCCCGAUUUCCUCGGAUCACCUCUUCCUCUUCGGAGGGUUCACCACUGACAAGCAGCCGCUGAGUGAUGCUUGGAUUUACUGUAUCAGCAAGAACGAGUGGAUCCAGUUUGAGCAUAACUACUCUGAAAAACCAAGGCUGUGGCACACGGCCUGUGCCAGCGAGGAGGGAGAGGUGAUUAUCUUUGGGGGCUGUGCCAACAACCUGCUCGCCCACUCCAAAGCUGCUCACAGUAACGAAAUCCUGGUGUUCUCCCUACAACCAAGAUCUCUAGUAAGGCUGUGCCUCGAGGCAGUGAUCUGCUUCAAGGAGAUGCUGGCCAGUUCCUGGAACUGCCUCCCCAAGCACCUGCUGCACAGCGUCAACCAGCGCUUCGGCAGCAACAACACCUCUGGCUCCUGAGCCCCGGGGCAGCCCCGGGGGGGACGAUCCCCACAUUAAAGGUGUGUCGGUUAAACCUCUGUGUCGUCCUAGGUAGUCGCUUCUCGCCUUUCCGUUGCAUGUGAAUGGCCUAGAGAGAACCUAUUUUUGUGUCGAGAUGUUUGCAAUAAAUGUAUUUAAUGCAAGUGGA